AUGCUGCAGCACGCAGUGGAGGCGUCAUACGGCGUAGCUAAGAUAGCGAAAACUGGAAAGCCACACACCAUUGGGGAAGAUUUAAUCCUGCCUGCCGACAAAGAGAUGGUUGGAGUGGUGAUUGGUGAGAAAGCAGCUAAACAACUGAACGUGAUUUCCCUGUCAGUGAAGCGCCGCAUUGAUGAAGUGGCCGAAGAUGUGUUGAAGCAGCUUGUGAGCAGAAUACGAGCAAGCAACUUUUAUGCUCUCCAGCUCGACGAGUCGACCUACAUUGCAAGCUUGUCAAACUUGCUUGCUUUUGUUAGAUAUGAAUAUGAUGGAGAAAUACACGGAGAUUUUCUGUUUUGCAAACCUUUGCCUUCACACACUACAGCAGGGACCAUUUUUGAGACUCUGAAUACAUUCAUGGUUUCCAAUGAUAUAGACUGGACAAAUUGUGUGGGGCUCAGCACAGACGGAGCACGGGCCAUGGUGGGAAAACUAAUGGGAGUUGUGAAAAGUCAAAGACCGCUGGUAACUGCGGUCCACUGCUGUAUCCACAGAGAGAUACUGGCCACAAAAACGAUGUCUGCGGAUUUAAAGACCGUCUUGGAUGAAGCAGUGAGAACAGUUAAUUUCAUCAAAAGUCGCCCUCUGCAGUCACGCCUGUUUGCCAUAUUAUGCACGGAGAUGGGAAGCGACCACAGGCAGCUUCUCCUGCACACCGAAGUGCGGUGGCUGUCGCGCGUUAAGGUGCUCACUCGACUUUUUGAACUGCGUGACGAGGUCCGGACAUUUCUUGUGGACUCCCGGUUUGAACUGUCAGAUCAAUUCUGUGACUUCGAUUGGCUGUGUAAGUUGACGUACUUGGCCGACAUUUUCAGCUACUUAAAUGGCCUCAAUCUAUCCCUCCAAGGAAAAGCCUUUACCAUGUUUCAUGUCCACGGAGAGAUAGAGGCCACGAUAAGGAAGCUCGAGCUAUGGGACAGAAGAGUGGUCCAGAAAAACUAUGAGUACUUUGACAACCUGUGUGAGUUUCUCAACAAAGAGGAGAGGCAGAUCCCGACCUCCGUGGCAGGUGACAUCAAGGAGCACCUGCGGACCCUGAAGACGCAGCUACGGAGAUAUUUCCCUGCAAUCAGCGAGCAGAAUAGCUGGAUCCAGAACCCAUUUGCCUCCCAUAACGAGGAUGUUAUCGCAGGCUUCAGUUCCAGGGAGCAGGACAGACUUGUGGAUUUAUCUUGUGAUACUGCUUUGAAGCUGAUCUUUUCACAGACGCACCUGACACAUUUCUGGAUGCAUGUGUACUCGGAAUAUACUAAUCUGUCUACGAAGGCGUUGAUGUUUCUCAUGCCUUUUGCCACAACUUAUCUGUGUGAGACUGGAUUUUCAGCACUUGUGGCUUUAAAGACAAAGUACAGGAACAGACUGGAUGUUGGGCCUGAUCUCCGCCUGAAGUUGACUUCCAUUCAGCCGGACAUCAAAACUUUGACAGCUUAA